AUGUGGAAUAGUGAUGAUUCUUCCGAUGAAGAGCCUCCACAACGCCGAAGAAGGACCUUCAAGGUGAGAAAGAAUUUCAAUUUUGAAAGUGCUUUUGAAAUUAACGAAAGAUUUCGAAUGCCACCUCAAAAACUAGAAGAGAUGUUAGAAAUAGUAGGUCCUAACCUCGAAAGAGAAACGGCACGGAACCAUGCACUAACAUCAAAACAAGUUUUAUGUAUUGGCUUACAUUGGAUGGGCAAUGGGAGCCAAUACCAUGGCCUCAGUGACAUGCACGGUGUGCAUAAAUCGACUGUAUGUCGUGCCGUCCAUAACUUUGUUAGAGCAGUGAACAACACUCUCUUUCCGAGGGUGGUUGAUUGGCCUGACAACAUUGUACAAGUUGUUCAAGGGUUCCAUGCAAUCGCAGAAAUGCCACUUGUAAUUGGUUGCAUCGAUGGAACAUUGAUUAAUAUAGACGCUCCGGUUUUAAAUGAACAACAGUAUGUUGACCGUAAGAAUAACCACUCCAUCAAUUGCAUGGUGGUUUGUGGGCCAGACUAUUCCUUCUUCUAUGUAAGCGCCCGAUGGCCGGGAAGCGUUCACGACGCUAGAGUCCUAAGGAAUAGCACGCUCUAUCAUAGAAUGGAGGGUGGUUGGCGCCCUAUUGAAGGAGGGGUACUGUUAGGAGACUCUGGGUAUCCCUUGCUUGACUGGCUGAUGACGCCUACCGGAGUAAACCUCGAAGAUCCGGCUGUUGCAAGAUACAACCAAAAACACAAGAGUACAAGACGUAUUGUGGAAAACUCCCUUGGCAUGCUAAAGGAGAAGUUUCCUUGUUUAAAUCACCUGCGAGUGCAACCUGUUUUUGCAUGUGAAAUUUUCAAGUGUUGUGUGGCCAUAUACAACUUCGCACGGCGUGCUGGUUUGAUUGAAGUGGUUGAAAAUGAGAACGAAGUCGAAGACGACGUAGAAGAACAGAAUGUGAAUGUGGAACAAUUUGACAGAGACGGGAAUGUAAGGUUGCAGGAAAUAAUCAACCACUUCAGACAUUGA